AUAGAUGUGUAUAUAAACACAUAAACUGUGUUCAUAUACAUAUCUAUGAAAGCACCGAUGUACUGCAAAAAACAAAGCUCGAAGUUUCUGAAAUGGCGCACUAAGUUGUCCUACCUCGCUCCCCGUACUUUCACAUGACUUCCUCUCCGUGUGACUGUCCUGCAUUCCUCCAACUGAUAGAAGAGCUAUCUACAUAAAGAAAGCGACAAAACAAGCGUUAAGUGGAGAAGUCUGUCGGUGUUUUAGUCCGAGUUUAAUUUUAGCUUUAGCGCAGCUCGCUAACAGCUAACUGUGGCCUUUAGCAACAAUUCUAGCGGGACUGAAUUAUUUUUUUUGCCAGAAGACUGAGUUGAACUGCAUGGAUUCGCUGUAACUUAUGGCUGAGCUUAUGCCGCCAGACACAAGAAGGUGUACUUAUUUCUUCCUCUAUGAUGGAUCCAAAGUUAGAGGGGAAGGAGACCCUACAAGACAAGGAAUCUGCUACUUCUACCCUGAAGAGACACCCUUAGAUAAACAGGAGCUGAUGUGUGGACAGCUGGCAGGCGUGAGCCGAUGUGUGUCCGAGCUCUCCUCCUCACCUGUACACACACUCAGGCUGCGGCGAUGCAAGUUUGCCAUUCACAUGAUGGAGGAUUUCUUCUGGGCUCUGGGAUGUUCCACUGAAGUCCCUACCGUCAGUGUGUGUGAGCUCUUGGAUCACCUCAUUAACAUCUUCUGCUUUUAUAAUGGCCCCAUUCGCCAGAGCUACCAGCUUAACAGUAAAGAAACUCUGGCAGCUCAGUGGGCGCGGUACCUCUCACAUGUGCAGUCAGGACCUUCAGAGAUUUACAACAUCUUCAGAUGUUUGAGGACCGUUGACUCGACCACAGUCGACCCACUUCUCCUCCUCAAAGCCGCCCUUAUUCUUCAGGCGUGUCAGCGAUGCCCUCUAGUGCUGACAGGCUGUAUUCUUUUUAGAGGGAGAGUUGUCAGUACGCAGAUGUCUCCGCAGCUCACGAUGAAGGUCAUGGUUCAGGAAAGUGAAACGUACACAAAGUCCCAGAGGUCUAAUGGAGCGAGCACCUCCUGCUCACUAGGGGCUCCUGUCAGCUCCACAGCUGUGUUCCUGACCACAUCUGAACUUCAGUACCUGCAGUCCACACCUGUCAACAAAAACGUCAGCCCUUUCUCCCCUCCCCUCCUAGACGCUCCCCCUAAAAAGACCCGCCUUUCCAGAACUUUAUCAGACACACCCUCCACUGAGUCGGAGCCACCUCGUCUUCAGACACCCCAGAAGCUAUCUUUCAGUCCUCACAUGUCAGAAUCGGAUGACUCGUUCAGCCCAGCUCCGUCACAGAGCUCUGCUGAUUCACCGAACACCUCUCCUCAGCCAACGAGGAGUCCACUCCCAAAUGGAGGACACGCUGUUGAAACUGAGCACAAGCUGUCUCUUCAUCACGGUUUCAAGAGUAACGGAGGCAGCUCCGUGUUUGAAGAAAACCAAUGUCUAAACGGAGAUGAUGUGAAUGGAGAUGCUGCCCGUAGGGCUGUGUUUGACCUCCAAGGAGAUGAUUCUGGGAAUGAGCAGUCACGUGAUGCCCAGAUGGUGGUGGGAGACAGCGGAGUCUGCUUUAGGAAGGCAGAGUCCAAACACCCCCCUCCUCCUUUCACGUGUGCUCUCGACAGCUUGGAGGAGAGUCCACUGAUCCCCAAGAUGCUUUACAUGCACCGGGUCAACGGCUUGGUUCUGGCUCUGCUGGUGGAACAUGGAUUCAUGAGUGAUGCUGCUUCUAUGGAGGAAGUGUAUCACAGCAGCCUGGCUUCUCUCAACGGACUCGAGGCCCAUCUCAGGUCCAUUGCUGCGGCGACUCCUGGCACUUCGGGUCAAUACACAUUUGCCCAUUAUGACUGCAUUCAGAGCACUCUGACAACCAACGUGUCUGGCCGAUCAGGAGGAGCCCCGGAGCAUCCUUUUGUCCGAGCCACAUCUCUUCUCCACUCACAUUUCUGUGACACUGAAACUCUGCAGGAGGCUAUUAUCAGGAAUGCUGGUGUUGCCGUGUAUGGAACCCGCAGCGUGGCACAGGUGACGUACUUCCAGCAGCACAGUGGAUCUCUGAGGAACUCUGGGAUCCCUAACCAACAGGACAGCGCCUUCUCACUGCCCAGCAAAGCCCGGCACAGACUGCUGAAACACGGGGUUAACCUGCUGUGAGUGCAUGGUGCCAUCAAGCCUGCAGUCAGCGCUCAGAAGAAUUAAAAAAACCAAUUCUGCCACAAAAGAAACACGCAUUUCACUUUGAUGCAUUUGAUUUUUAAAGCUUUGUAGCAGACAAUAUCACAAUCGUGACUGCCUGAAACGAAGAUGAAGCCAAGGUGGUCAAGUUUAGAUUUAAUUUGUUUUGUGUUUGGACUAAAAUGUCCUUUCUGCUGAACUCGACAACAAAAGCAUCACUGUAGUCAUAACUGAUCGUUUGCACACAUUUUACAACCUUUUCACCUUAGUUCUGCUUUGAAUUAUUGAUGUAAAGUUGUUUUUUGCAUUCAUCGAUAAAGUUUUAUCCUUUUUGACAAGUAAA